CACGUCCACGUCAGAGUAGACUCGUCAAGCCUUUGUGAAGUAACAAAUACCAACAGUGAACGCAGCAUACUGGCCCGGCAAGAGCAGGGCACGGAGGCUGAGAGAGCACCGCCUGACAUUACGAAAGCCGCACGCAAGCAUCCACAGCCAAUUGGCGGCAGAACGAGGCAUAGGGCAAGGCGCUGCACAGAAUGGCACCCAGCCCCAUCUUCAAUCUGAGCGCUCAAGACGCGGACAAGAUCUUGUCCGAGAUCCGCUCGUCCGGCUACAUUCGCGAAGUGGCAUCGGACGUGCCGCCAGAAGAGUCGGGCCUGUGGGACGUGGUCCAUUUCGUGCCAGACUCUUUCAGCCCUUCCGCCAAGCUGGAGAAUCAAGAGGCCAUCAUCGAUCACGCUGUCGAGACGCUCGAGAAGCAGGAAUGGGAUAGCACAGCCAUCGUCGUGGCCGAUGAGCGCACAGCAAAGGACGGCUCUCUGCUCAUCUACAACGUCGACUCCACGCAGCCCAAAGGCAAGAGGCUUGUUGGCAAAUUGCGUGCGGUGCCUAGAAGUGUCAUCGAGGUGGUUUGCAACCUGCAAGUAUCUAACAUGGACCUAAAGGAGUACGCCAAUUGUAUCAAAGAGGGCGACGUCUUUGACGCUGGCUCAUGACGCACUCAGCACAACGCGCGACGAAAGCAAUAGCAUUAUCGAGGAAGUUCCGGUGA